AUGUUCGUGCACGAUUACGGCAACGACUGCCCGAGUGCAAACAAACGAUCCGUAUUUGUUUCGUACUUGGAUUCGGUACCUUUCUCAGCCUACCCGAGGAGAGGGGACUUGUACCUUGAGGUACUAAUCGCGUACUUGAAGGAUGCGGGAAGAAGAGGCUUCGAGUUUGCGUACUUCUGGGCCGCUCCCCCUAGGAAUAAUGGGUCGUACAUCUUGAAUGUACGCCCGACGAGCAUGAAGAUGCCCAACGACGAGGCACUGGUCAGGUGGUACACCAACGGCCUCAAAUUGGCACUGGAGCGAGGGUACAUCGCAGGCUAUGGCAACCUUUUCGAGCGCAUUGGCAACGAGCCGAAGAAGGUAGCACAACGGCUGCCGUAUUUGCCGGGUUUCCUCUGGCCUGAUAAAGCGGAAACCAUUUUCGAGGAGAACUGGAGAAGUCGCCGUCGGCGGCGGCGGCUACUACCGGGGUGGAGAGUGCCUGGGGCACCGAAGGAAGUUCGGGACCUUCCCUCCACGGAGGGGAAUGCGCCAGAACCGGUGGCUUCUUCCCCCGCGGCAACCGAAGCACGGGGGACAUGCGACGUCACCGUCGAACCCGAGGCCCUAAGGGACGAAAAAGGAGCUGCAGUCCUUCCAUCGUCAUCAGCGGGGGCCGGUACCACCAACGGAGGAGGAGGAUCCGCGUCGGCCGUCAUGCCGUGCGCCGUCGGCGGGGGCGCAGCGGCUUGGGGAGGGCCGCGUGGUUCUGGAGGGUCCACUGCGGGGACUGAGCAAGCCGACGCGUCAGGUCCUGGGGGUGAUGGAGCACUCGGGGGCGACGCCGCCCAACAGGGGCCGAACAAGGAGAGGAAGGUGGCUGACGGAAGCGACGCCGACUCUGGUGGUUGCGACCCCGUGGUCCUAAAGUUGAUGAAGACUGUUGAGCGCUACAAGGACUCGCUUUUUGACGCUACCCUCUCCAGCGGCAAGGCUGGCAACGAAGAGCAAGAAGAUUUGUAUUCCAAGACGAUCGGUGAGGGAGGCGGAGGAUCUAAGGGCGACGGAAAACCUUACGCUGAGAUGCUCAAGACGAGAGACGCAUUUCUGGGUUGGUGUAGAAGUCAGAACUACCAGUUCGGCACGCUGGCAAGAGCAAAGCACUCCAGCCUGAUGAUUCUUCACGACAUCCACAACGAAGAGAAGAAGUAG